UCAAAACAAAACAAAACACUCAAGUCUCACUCUCUAAUUAACUUAUCAAACAAACAGCCCUAACAACAACUUUAAAACUUUGAUCCAGCCUACGUAAAAUCUUAGUAUUUUAAGAUAUUUGAAAGUGACUACUCAAUUUGUAUAAUUUUCCACACAAAAGGUGUACACCUUGUGUUUACUUACCUAUGGCAAAAGUGGUUUUCAAAUUUGAUAAAGUUUUGAGUUAAAGUUAAGUUAAGGGAUGAAUAGGCUUAUUACUUUACUGUUCUGUAUAACCUGGUUUUGUACAUUUUGAAUAUCUUAGAUUCUUGAGUUUUCCAAAAAUGGGAGUUAAGGAUUUGUGGAAUAUUCUGAGUCCAACUUGUGAAAAGAAGUCCCUUUGGGAACUUCAAGGGUUAACAAUUGCUAUUGACUUGAGCUCUUGGAUUGUUGACAGCCAGACUGUAGGAGACAGUUCUGUGAUGAAUAUGUACCUCAGGAACUUAUUUUUCCGCACUUCAUAUCUAUUAUUGCUUGGAGUUAAACCUAUAUUUAUUAUGGAAGGAAAAGCUCCUGCUCUCAAACAUGAUACUAUUGCCCGAAGAAAUCAAGCAUCAAAAGAUAAUAAAGCACCUUCAAAUAGUAAAAAUGGCAAUAGAGGAAGACUUAACUGCUUGCAGAAAAAGUGUGAAGAUUUGCUGCUAAGUUUAGGUGUGAAGUGUUACAAAAGUGAUGGAGAAGCUGAGGCUCUUUGCUCUAGACUCAAUGAAGUAGGGAUUGUGGAUGCGGUAAUUUCCCAAGACAGCGAUUGUUUUCUGUACGGAGCUAAAGUCGUGCUUAGGAACUUCACCAUGAGCCCAGCCUAUACUUGUGACAUGUACACGAUGAAAAAUAUAGAAGAAAAAUUGUCGCUUGGUCGUCAAAAGCUGCUCGCUCUCUCACUUAUAUGCGGUUGUGACUACGAGUCAGGAGUACAUGGCGUCGGUAAACAAUCUGCUUUGAAAUUCCUUGGGACGUUGCAAGAUGAUCAAGUCCUUGACAGAUUAAGGUCCUGGAGAAAUGAUGACUUCUUUGACAACCUUUCACAACUGUCCGUAGAAGAGAAGGUGGAAUAUAACAUUCGCAAGAAAGCCAUUGCGGAUCCAAGUUUCCCAUCUGAGGAAGUAAUCGCUGAGUUUUUAGAAGCCAAGUCCAUGGAUUUGCCAUGUUUUGUUUGGCUUAAACCGUCCUUAGGCAGUUUUGUUGGUAUAGCGGACCGUUUGCUGGCUUGGGACGAUGACUACAUAACCAGCAAGUUCUUGCCACUGGUCACCAGAUGGCAUUUGCAGCACGAAGGCUCCACCUGUGGUCUGAAGCUAGAGACGAUCAUCAAGAAGCGAUCUGUGAGAGGAGUCCCCUCGUAUGAGCUACGAUGGCAGCACGAUGCCUUGGGGGAAGUGACGACGGUGGAGCCGAUAGAACUUGUGGUCAAAGUGUACUCGGAACUUCACCAGGAAUAUGUCAGGUCCAAGGAAAAACCCAAAAAAGGUAAAGGGAGGAAAAAGCAAACACAACUGUGUUCCAAUGAAGAGAUGGAAGACGUUGAAAAUAUGCUGGGAAAACUAGAUAUAAGUGGACAGAAGGUAAAACAACCUAACAAAAAAAGAACUAAAAACAAAACUAUCAAAGGCCUGCAAACAAUGGAUCGAUUUUUACUCAAAGAUGUUGGCAACAAAAUGACAGAAGACGAAACAAACUCGACACAAAAUUUGAUAUCUCACAGUACGCCGGUGGGAACCCCUACUAAAAUAAUUGAUUUGUCAAAAUCUUACCACUACUUAUCUGAUGACAGUAAUGUUGAAUCCCCGAGGAGAAAAAAUAAUUGUGGAAACAUUGAAAAACCAGAAGAAGAGAUAGAACUACCCACUUUAGAUUUUAUUUCUUUUAACGAUUCCAAAUUUGACAAUUCAGAGCUUAAUUUGUCUAACAUAGUGGAUUCUAUUGUGGCUCGAACUAGCAACAAUCCGGCAGUUAAGAUUUGGGCUGAAAAAAUGAAUUAGGAACAACCUUGAUGUAUUGAUGAUAGCAUUUUGACAAAAUGUAUUCAUUAUUAUGUAAUUUAUUGUAAU